UCUCUAUCCACUGCCUCUUCCUCUCCCUAGUCUUUUCAAACCUCUUCCCCAUCUUCCUUCGCGCUUCAUUCCCAAGAGAGAAACAAAAUGUCUCUCACGAUCCCAACCAAUCUCUCCAAAUUCAACUCCUUCAAGCCCAAGUUGGGUAACUCCCAACCCUCCCUCAAACCAAGACCGGCCACAAUCGUCUGCUCUGCGUCUUCUGAGAAAAGCUCUGAUGCAUCCACGCUUCAGGCUUUCUCUGCCGCGCUCGCCCUCUCCUCCAUCCUCCUGUCAGCCCCUCUCCCCGCCGCCGCCGACAUAUCCGGCCUCACCCCCUGCAAGGAAUCCAAGCAGUUCGCCAAGCGCGAGAAGCAGCAGAUAAAGAAGCUGGAGUCAGCGUUGAAGAAUUACGCGCCGGACAGCGCGCCGGCUUUGGCGAUCAAGGCGACGAUCGAGAAGACGAAGCGGAGGUUCGACAACUACGGGAAGCAGGGCCUUCUGUGCGGGUCAGACGGUUUGCCCCACCUGAUAGUGAACGGAGACCAGAGGCACUGGGGCGAGUUCAUCACGCCGGGGAUUUUGUUUCUGUACAUCGCGGGUUGGAUCGGAUGGGUGGGUCGGAGCUACCUGAUUGCGAUCCGGGACGAAAAGAAACCGACUCAAAAGGAGAUCAUCAUCGACGUGCCUCUCGCUACCAGGUUGGUGUUCAGAGGAUUCAGUUGGCCCGUCGCUGCCUACAGAGAGUGGUUGAACGGUGAACUUGUCGCCAAGGACGUGUAGGCGUAAUUUCACGCAUUUGCGUUUGUCUGAUUUUUCUCCUUCUUUCGUUUUUAAUUUCUAUAAUGCCGUGGAAAUUACUAUGAAAAAUUAGAUUGAUGGUGCCAUGUUUCUGUGCUUGAUUUGUA